AAUUAUAAGAUAUUUUUAUUUCGAUUAAGUCAAACAUUGUUGAGACAGAUUAGUAAUAAAAUAAAUAAACAUGUUCCGUUUAGUAAAGGUUACCGAGAAUGCGUUUUUACCUGCUAUAAAAUAUGCCAGGGGUAUGUCUGUGGCAACCAAUAAAGAACCAGAGAAGCCAUCAAUCAAGACGGCGGUUCCUGGGCCCAAGACUCAGCAGUUGUUGGGUGAACUGAACAAUCUACAGCAAGCUCAAUCUGUGCAACUGUUCGGCGACUACGACAAAUGCGUCGGCAAUUACUUCGUGGACGUGGACGGGAACGAGUUUCUAGAUGCUUUUACCCAAAUAUCAUCAGUUCCUAUAGGAUACAACCACCCUGCGUUGUUGGGAGCUUUUGAAGAUAAACAUGCCCUUAAAUCCCUUAUCAAUCGGCCAGCGCUCGGAGUAUUUCCACCCGCCGACUGGCCAUCGAAGUUGGCGAGCGUGUUGCUGCCCGUGGCGCCGCGCGGCCUGGACCACGUGUCCACGAUGAUGUGCGGCUCGUGCUCCAACGAGAACGCCUACAAGGCCGUGUUCUUCUGGUACCGCACCAAGCAGCGCGGGGGCAAGGUGGACUUCGCGCCGGAGGACACAUACUCCUGCAUGAUGAACCAACCUCCCGGGUCGCCGGACCUGGCUAUCAUGUCUUUUGAGGGAAGUUUCCAUGGUCGCACCUUCGGAGCCUUGACCACCACGAGAUCGAAGCCGAUACACAAAGUAGAUUGCCCAGCCUUCGAUUGGCCCGUGGCCCCGUUCCCGAGAUACAAGUACCCACUCCAUGAGAAUGAAGCCUACAACAAUCAGGAAGAUAAAAGAUGCCUGGAACAAAUAGCGCGCAUCAUAGAAGAGCGUGAGAAAUCCAGCAAGCCGGUGGCGGGCAUAGUUGUGGAGCCGAUACAGUCCGAGGGAGGCGACCACGAGGCGUCCCCGGCGUUCUUCCAGAGCCUUCAGCAAGUCUGCAAGCAAACGGGAGUAGCUCUCAUCAUAGACGAGGUUCAGACCGGGUGCGGGCCGACGGGCAAGAUGUGGGCCCACGAGCACUUCGACCUGCCCUCACCCCCGGACCUAGUCACGUUCAGCAAGAAAAUGCUCACGGGCGGCUAUUACACCUCUGCUGCGUUCAGGCCUGCACAGGCGUACAGGAUUUUCAACACCUGGAUGGGAGACCCAGGCAAGCUUAUCCUCCUGGAGCAAGUACUUCGCGUCAUUCAGCAAGAGAAUCUAUUAAGCAAUGUCCAGAAAACUGGAAAAGUUUUGAAAGAUGGUUUACAUGAUCUCGAGAAAGAGUUCUCCAACACGAUAAACAGUGUGCGCGGUCGCGGCACGUUCCUGGCGUUCAACGCGCAUAAUGCUAGCUCGAGGGACAAGAUCAACAAUGACUUAAAGAAAAAUGGCGUGCUAGGCGGCACCUGUGGCGAGGCGGCCAUCCGCCUGCGGCCCGCGCUCACCUUCCAGGAGAAACACGCCCACAUCUACCUCGACACCCUCAGGAAAACACUCAGGGAACUCUAAAUGUACCUCCAUUCAACACAACCACGUUUAAUACGGAUUUCAUUUUAAGCUGAC